CUUGACAUGAUGUAACUUCCAUUGAGGAAUACUGGGAUGCUAUAAUUCUUAUAAAUAUAGCAUAAGUUAUAUCCCAGCCGCAGUCUGUAAGAAGCAUGCAACUAAACAAAAUGGAAUUCGAAAAUAAAGUGAUAUUGGUGACUGGCGCGAGUUCCGGCAUCGGCAAAGCGACAGCACUACUGUUUGCCGAGCGAGGCGCUCGGCUCGCGCUCGUGGGUCGGGACGAGGCGAAACUGCGCUCGGUCGCAGAAGAGUGUGCGAAACACCAGCUGCAACACCUGCACAUCACAGCGGACAUAUCCACGGACGAGGGAUGCGAGAGGGUCGCUAAGCAAACUUUAGAGCAUUUUGGACGACUGGACGUGUUGGUUAACUGCGCCGGCGUGGCAGCCAUCACAUCGUUGGAGACGGCGGAUAUGGCGUCGUUCGACCGCGUGUUCGGGACGGUGGUCCGGGGCGCCUUCAACCUGACGCGGCUGCUCGCGCCCGCGCUUGUAGCGGCGCGCGGUUCCAUCGUCAACGUGUCGAGCAUCGCCGCCACCAUGGUGCACGUUGGCAGUCUGCCCUAUGGGAUGGCGAAGGCGGCUCUCGACCACUUCACGCGUUUGAUCGCCCUCGAGUUAGCCCCCAAAGGUGUGAGAGUGAACACCGUUAGUCCAGGAAUCACAAACACACCUCUCCUUCAACGUUUGACCGGCCACACUGACGAGGAGCACGCGGCCUUCCUCAAGAACAGCGAGGCGAGAAUCCCGAUGCGACAAACAUGCGAGCCGGCCGACGUGGCGCGUGUGAUCGCGUUCCUGGCAGGCGGGGACAGCCGGAUGGUCACCGGCGCCACCGUCAAGGUCGACGGCGGUCUGCAGCUCGUCGGCCUCGGAGAGAUGCUUAAGGACCAGAACGAGCAGAUGAGAAAGUGAACUUGACGAUAUUUUUUUUUGCUAUCUAUGUUAGUUUAUCGGGUACCUACCAAUUUUAGCACGAGCGGUUAAACAACUUUGCCCCCUCUUAAAACAAAUAACUAACUAACUCCAUAAUGUCAAUAUCCAAACAGGUCAAUGGGGACUACCUACGUUUUUAUGGAAAAGCGGUCUAUUAUCUUAAUAUGUGAAGGCUCAGUAUUGAAUAAAUUGUAUUGUUAGAUUAUUUUUACAUACCUAAACAUUUUUUUGAAUAUAAACUGAAAAUGUUACAACCCGACAUCACAUGGAUGGAGAUUUCUUUCAUAUGUGUGUGGUGGACAAAAAUAGUGGGUUAAAACCUCGGUUGUGCUGCGUAGAGCAGAAAAAAUCGUUCUCAAAAAAUGCAAUGACUGUUCAACACUGGUGCCGUUGCCCUAUACCCCUAUAGCUUAUACGCGACUUUUUGAAAGAGAUCUACAAACAUAGAUAUAAAAUAUAAUAUUGAUAUUAAUGUACGAGUAUCUAGUUGGUUGUGAAUGGAAGUGUCAUUAAAAUUGUAUCCAAUAUAAAACUUUCUGCUUAUACCUCAAAACCUGAAUAGUUAAAUAAAGCAUUGAUCCCCAAUACUGUUAUAGCAAAAUAAUUGUCUAUUAUUUUGAGCCAUAUGCCCAUGAGCCAAGUUUGAAAAUGGGAACUUGCGUGGCUCAAAUUUUCACAAUUACUAUUAAACAACUAAUAUGGUCCAACUGUCAAGCCAGACCACAUUCCGCUUAUUCAAUAAAAGCACAUACAAUAGAUGUAAGUAAAAUAAGUAAUCAGUUGCACACGCAUAAAGAAAACCAUAAUCAUUAAUAGGGUUUUACUAUUAAUUUAAAUGCAUAAAUGCUACAAAUAUAUUACACAAGACUUUAAAAAAACAGAAACAGUACUGUUAUUUAAAAAUAAACUUAAAUAAAAGUAACAUAUUUAGUCAUGGAAACAAGGUACUGACUCCAAUAGGCUAUCUUGAGAAGGCGGUCUCAUAUUACAUUACAUCAUUGUACACCAUUCAUAUAUAUUAUGUUCUUCCAAGAGUUGAUUGAAUACAAUACCUAAUGGCAAAGUAUAGUGUCCAAUGUAAAGGUUUGUCCUAAAUUUUCCAGUAAUUGGAUAACUUACUAUACAGUAUACAAUUCCUAUGCUCGGCAGUGUCAUAUACCUACACAGACACAAAAAGUCAGAAUUGAAAUAAAUUAAUAUAAUAUAAAUUAUAAUUAUGAGACCGAUAGUUUAUUCCAUAAUGUUGUUGGUACAAUGGCACUUUAUAUAAUUUAUAAAUUCAAUUGUGUAUAGUCCAAUAUGACAUGAUCUAUAAGAUA